AUGGCGCUCGGCAUCCUCGAACCAGCGGUCGAACAUGUGCCCGGCACUGUCUUCGUCUACGAUGCCCAACAACGACAGACGGCUCUGUUGGACUCUGCUCACCAUCUCAAGAGAGACAAGACUGGGAAAAUCAUACUCGUACCGCAACCAUCGGCUGAUCCCAACGAUCCUCUGAACUGGCCAUUGUGGCAGCGCGAUCUCAUCCUUGCCAUUCUCUGCUUCGUGUCCUGCGUCGCAACGACUGCAUCACCUCUUCUGGCCGCUGAUUCCACCACCCUUGUAAUAGUGUUCAAGAGGACGUUCCAGGAUGCAGCACUAUUGACUGCAUAUCACUUGGUCGGAGUGGGGGUCGCUGGUUGGCUCUUCGUCGCUUCGGCAAGAGUUUGGGGCAAGCGACAUUUAUUCCUCUUUGGCGCUCUACUCAUGGUUGUCAGUUCUGCAUGGGGCGGCUCAACUCAUAAGAAACACAAUUAUGCUAGCCUUCUAUGGAGUCGUGUCUUCCAGGGUGUUGCGCUCGCACCUUUCGAAGCCCUGGUCAAUGCUUGCGUUGGUGAUCUAUAUUUUGUCCAUGAACGCGGAGUGCGUAUGGCCAUUACAAACACAUGUCUCUUUGGGGGAGCAUUUCUCACCCCAGUAUUCGUGGGUAUGAUUGCGGCCAAGUUGGGUUGGCAAUGGAGCUUCUACAUCCUCGCAGUUAUCAUGGCUUUUGGCUUCUUCCUCGUCCUGUUCUUUGUGCCCGAAACGGCUUAUCGAAGAGAUCAUUCCUUGGAGCUGGAUUUACUUUCGAAUGAUUCUAGUGACGCCAUUAACACACCACCGGUUUCUAAUGAAGAGGCAUUCGAGGAGAAAACUGCUCAUAUGACUCCUACUCCAGAGCAACCUAUCCCAUCCAAGGCCACCUUCAUGCAGAGGCUUAUGCCCUUCAACGGGCGUAAAACAGACGAGAGUUUCUUCAAGCUCCUCUUCCGACCCUUUCCAUUGUUCUUCCACCCAGCGGUGGUUUGGGCAUGCUUGCUUCAGGGCGUCAUCAUCGGCUGGACAGUUAUGGUGGGAGUUAUUCUCGCCCUAAUCUUCCUUGGACCGCCUUUAUUCUUCAAUGAAGAGAAAGCAGGAAAAAUGUACACUUCUGCAUUCAUUGGCAGUAUUCUGGGGCUCAUCCUAUCGGGCCUAUACACUGAGGGGGUGACAAGUUUCAUGAUUCGACGAAACAAAGGCAAAUAUGAACCGGAAUUUCGAAUCCUUCUCGUAAUUCCAACACUGGUGACUGCAACCAUUGGACUCUUCGGUUUUGGUAUUACGGCCAAUAAUAUCACCCGCUAUGGAUGGCUCAUACCAGAAGUCUUCCUCGCAUUUAUCAUUGUCAGCAUGGUCAUGGGAGCGAUAGCAUCUGCUCAGUACCUGUUGGACGCGCACCGAGAUAUUGCUGUUGAGGCUUUCACCAACCUGCUAAUUUUCAAGAAUAUGUUCUCCUUCAUAUUGGCUUACAACGCAUUCAACUGGGUUUUCGCCAUCAGAAUUCGACAACUGUUUAUUAUCUUCGGCAGCAUUGAAAUCGUCAUCUGUUUACUUGCAGUACCCAUGUAUGUCUACGGAAAGAAGAAUCGUGAAUACUUCCAUCGACACGAUCUUCUGAAGAUGACUGGUCUGCGGUAG